AUGUACAGGGAAAAAAAAUCAUAUUCUGUUCUUACUGAAUCCCCAGAAGCCAAGCUUUACACAUACGAGGAUGUCAAGAAAUUGGCCACCAAUCCAGAAUCACACCCUGAAACUGUUUUGGUUGAUGUUAGAGAACCAAUUGAAUUCAGCGAAGGACAUAUUCCUGGUGCUAUUAACUUGCCAUUCAAGACCAGUCCAGGCGCAUUAGAAUUGAAUGAAGACGAUUUCUUGGAAAGUUUUGGUUUUGAAAAGCCUUCUAGAGAUAAGGAAUUGGUGUUUUAUUGUUUGGGUGGCGUUAGAAGCACAGCUGCCGAAGAAUUAGCGAGAACUUUUGGAUAUAACAAGAGAGGUAACUAUGUGGGAAGUUACGAAGAUUGGGUUGCUAACGAGAAUAAGAAAUAA